GCAGACUAUUGGUACACGCUGUACAGCUCAGGCUACUCUAAGCCACACAUAUGGUAGCAUACUCCCUAUGCCAGUGGCAGCCUGUUAGGAGCGGAGCCCCACAUAGCAGCAUCACAGGGAGGGCACGAGUCCACAGACUAUAGCCCAUACCGGCUCCCCGGACCCCCACAGACGGGAAGGACUAGAGGAGGAACAGAGAAAAUAGACAGCGAGAGAGGGAGAGAGAGAAAGAGGAGAAUGGCGUUUAAGCAGCUGGUGGAGGUUGCGGAGAAGUGGUGUUUGUCGGUUCCGUUCGAUCUGAUCUUUGCGGAGGAGGAUGAUGAGAGGAGACUGGACUUCUAUGCUGAACCUGGAAUCUCCUUCUAUGUCCUUUGUCCGGAUAACAUGACCGGAGGAACCGAUAAUUUCCAUGUAUGGAGUGAGAGUGAAGACUGCCUGCCGUUUCUCCAGCUAGCCCAAGACUACAUCUCUUCCUGUGGGAAGAAGACGUUGCUAGAGGUCCUGGACAAAGUCUUCACUUCCUUUCGACCCCUGCUGGGUCUACCAGACAUAGACGAUGAAACAUUUGAGCAGUACCAUGCAGGCGUGGAGGACGAGCCAGAGCCGGACCACCAGCAGAUGGGAGUCAGCCAGCAAUGAUGUGGCGAGAUGAGAUGUCUGGGUGGGCUAGAAUAACUACCCGAGCCCCUGGAUUCUCCCCUGCACCAACAAACAGGCCCAACAACCCUGUAGCGACUACACAAAGUCAUAAUGUAUUCUCAAAUUAUGCACACACACACACACACACACAUGUGCACACACACACACACACUACAGCCUGCUAAAAUUUACCAUUGCGUUCUUUAACUUCUCAAAAGCUAUGCUGCCCAGAUCCAGGUGCACUCCCUCUCGUCUCCCAACACACACACACACACACACACACACAUACCCAACCGUGCCCAUUUGUGUUGAACAACCUGAUUAUCUUUAUCAAUCACAGACAGACUUCCAACAUGACUGUAUUUACUAUUACAACUAAUCUGUACGCCGUCAAUCACAACACUGCUCAGCAUGUCCACCUAAAGACAACCACGCAGAAUCCAACCCAGCAACACACGCCCCGGUCGGUCAGUGUGUUGACCACACAACACCUUACUGUACCCAUUCGCUGUACCACAGUGUCAGCACAAUCAGCGCAUUGUUGUGACCUUGUGACAAAGUCAGUGGGGUAAAUGGGAGAAGGAAUGAAAUGGUUUGCGAUUGAAUUAUGGUAGAGAUGGUCACUUGUGCUCCACUGCAAGGUCUGAGAAAAUCUGCUGUGUCUAUGUGUUUAUUGUGUGAGUGUGAGAAUGUGUGUGUGUGUGUGUGUGUGUGUGUCUGUGUGUCCACCAUUAGUGCACUGCUAUGCUUCAACUAUCCCCACAGCCCUAAAGGAGUAGGAGGAAGUUGUGUCUAGACACUGAUCAAAGGUCAGUUUAGCAUUUUCCCCCUCGUAAGGACUGGGGCUUAGAUCUGCGUAAGCCAGGGAGACGUGACAACAACAUGGCGAUUGUAGAAUUUUAGCAACGCAAGACUUGAUCUGUGUCUGCAGGCAAUGUCUGAGCGGCCUUCCUCCACCUUACCGAAAUCUACACGGAAACUACAUUACAUGUGUCUCCCCUGGAAUUAUUUAAGUUUUUACUUUGGCUUAUAAACAUAUCUGUUGAGUUCAUGAAAAAUAUUUAAUUAAAUGUUUGUCAUACUAAUGUGUGUUUUCUGUUCUUUAAUGUGUAUGAGGGUAUUCAAUAAAACACACAUGGAGGGA